GUAUUCUACUGCCAUUGUAGCAAAAUCACUAAGCUGAAGCUUUAGCAGUUUCUUCUCUGUCUCUCUCUCCCAGUAUGGCGACCAUAUCAGCUACCUCAUCAAUCACCCCUGCAGCUGUUGCAAGCAGGCCAUCACCCAGGCUUGCAUCCCCAGUUGCUAUUGGGCUGCCAACGAUGGCAAAGAAAGGGAAAGUGAUGUGUUGUUCAGCGGAGAAGAAGGGUUGUGGUGAGGACAAAGGGUGGGGCAUGGGCAUGGGCAUGAGUGCAUCGUUGCUGGCAGCAGCCUGUGCGGCAACCAUGUCAAGCCCGCCGGCCAUGGCUCUGGUAGACGAGAGAAUGUCCACCGAAGGAACUGGACUUCCCUUUGGUUUGAGUAACAAUCUUCUUGGGUGGAUCUUGUUUGGAGUAUUCGGCUUGAUUUGGGCUCUUUACUUUGUUUACACUUCCUCCCUUGAAGAGAAUGAGGAGUCUGGAUUGUCCCUCUAAGCUUAGCAAUGGUCCAAACUAUUUACUUUCGCUCUUUUUCAUUGCAAAUGUAUGUCUAUAUCAUGUUCAAGCAGGAUUCGGUUGUUCUAUCUUGUAAUAAAACUAAAUCA